AUCGGCGAUCGGCCGUCUUUAUCAGAGUAGAAUGAGUACACUGACUUGACACUUGGCCUAACUUACUAAUAAGUAUAUUACUACCUACCUAAUAAGUAAUAACUAAAAAAUUAUAAAACCCCAAGGAAAUGCUUUAAGUGCUUUAACAAGAUAACUGUGUGCUGUUUAAUAAAAUAUUUGCGUUGUCGUCAUUGUCGCAUCGGAUGAACUUACAAAAUGAUUUUACAUCAUACAAAUUAAAAAUAACUUAUAAUCAAGGAACAAGGUUAGGUUAAAAUUUAAUACCAAACCUUAAUUUCCAAUCUAUUGAUUGGUUUAAGUAAAACUUUUUGAACACUUAUUACAACGGGCAUAAUGACAUUCCAGACAAAAUGAUUCCUAUUCACGUACUUGGUUGGUUUUGUCACAUGGAUUUAACAAUUUGAUUCUCAACUCUCAAGGUCCCAGCCGUUAAAGUAAAUUUUAUACUUGAUAAGAAGAAAGAACUAUAUAACCGAGUGAAAAAUGCAUCAUUUAUUGAAAUAUAUAUUUGCUUCGAGCCGAUGUUGCUGUAAAAUGUAUUUACCUCAGUGCAGAAUGUGUUUUCCAACUGUACUUCCAAAUAAUAAAUCAUUUUUAUCAGUACGUUUGUAUAAAAAUCACAGGAUUAUGGCAAAUGUUUAUUUUGCGGAUGAUCGAUUUUCUAAGCGCCACAAUAAGUUGAAAAAUGCCAUUCGAGAUAAACAGAUUAUUUUACAAAAAACUAAGCAAAAAUUUCAAACUAAAGGUAAAUUCAUACUAGAUGACAUCAAAGAAACUAAAUCAAAGGUACGGGAUACUAUAAAAGAGAAUGUUUGGACAGUACCUAACAUGCUAUGUAUGACUAGAAUAGUCCUAAGUCCUUACUUGGGUUAUCUUAUUGUCAAUGGAAACUUUGAGUAUGCCCUCAGUUUUGUGGCCAUAGCAAGUGUAACGGACUUAAUUGAUGGGUGGAUUGCUAGGAAUUUCCAAGGUCAGAAAUCAAAAUUAGGUAGUUUCUUGGAUCCAAUGGCUGACAAAGUACUUGUGGGUACUAUGUUUUUCACAUUGACUUAUAUAGAUUUAAUUCCAAUAUAUCUUACCGGCAUAAUUAUAUUAAGGGAUCUGGUUUUAAUUGGUGCUGCCUUCCAAAUUCAUUAUAUUUCAAUACCUAAACCCAGGACUUUAAGUAAAUUAUUUGAUGUCACCAAUACCAAUGUUCAAUUAGCACCCAUGUUCAUAAGCAAGGUGAAUACUACAGUUCAAUUAGCAAUGGUUUGCGCUACUUUAGCAGCUCCAGUGUUUGAGUUUGUUGAUCACCCCGCACUCAAAGCGUUGUGGUGGCUUACAACUGCUACUACAGUGUCAUCAGCAAUAAGUUAUAUUGUGCAUAGAAAAAAGACUUAUAAAAUAUUUAAUAACCUAAAGAGAUAAUUUUUUUUCACCCAUCUUACAUACCCAAAUAAUAGUAUCUUUGACAAGACAUUUUUUUGAUUUUAAUAAAUUUAAGACAAAUUAUUAUAAAUGUAUGUAUGUAUUAUGUGUAUUGACUAUAAUUUAAAAAAUAUUAUAUGUAUUAUGAAUUCCAAAAAAAUAAUAUUUUUGUUCAAAUUAGUUAAUUUUAGCAUAUUAAGUCCAAUACUAUCCUUACAAGAAACAUUAGUUAUAAGUUAAAUUCUUCUACUGUUGAAUCACUCAUCUAAGUUUCAGUUAAAAAUAUUAUUUAUCUAAUAAAUCAAACUUGCUAAGUUUAAAUAACUAUUUUUGAUGUACAUUUUAUAUAUUUUUCCCUCUUUACAAUAUACAUUAUAAUAUAUACCUGUAUUUUAUAUACUUUGUCAUUUUGAUAUUAAUAUAUUAUAUUGUUAGUAGUAUAUUUUAAGACUGAUUUAGUAUUACUUUAAUGAUCAUUAUUCUUACACAGUUUUAAUACCAUUAGAACAACAUUAUCUUUAUCUAAGAAGAAAUAUUAGGCUAUUUAGUUUGUAAAUCGUAUACACGUAACGUUAAAAUAAUACUUAAAGUGUCAUGUAAUUUUAAAAUACGGUCUACAUAAUAACUAAUAUGUGA